AUGGCGGCCGCCGACGACGAUGGCCAGAUCGACGACGACGAGUUCUACGAGUACAACCCGCACCCUUACGGCGGCGGCUACGACAUCGCCGCCACCUACGGCGCACCCCUCCCGCCCUCCACCUCCACGUGCUACCCCGUCUCCUCCCCCGCCGGCGCCCCCGCGCGCCCAUCUCCGCGGCCGCCCGCGCCCGCGCCUGUUCCUGCUCCCGCCACGCCGCAGCCGGCACCAGCUUCGCCCGCGAAGCCUCGGCCGGCCCCAUCGCCAGAGCCGGCGAGGACACCGCCCUUUUCGCCGGUUGCGGUGCCGGUGCCGGUCGCGGAGCCGUUCUACUGGCCCAAGCCGCACGACUACGGGGACGCGCCGCGGUGGCCGCCGGUGUACCCCACGCCGGAGGUGUUCCGGCGCUGGCCGUACCUGGCGGCGGGGUCGCAUUGCUGCCACUCGCGGGGCGGGCCGCGCGACUACUGGAGGCAGUGCAUGCGCGGGCUGGACUUCCUCUUCGGCCACGCCGACGGGUACGGGGAGCGGCGGAUCGGGACCGACUGCCACGGGGUCCCCGUGUACGCCAACAAAAAGGGGGGAGUGGAGGACGCCGUGGUCGUGGAGGUGCCGCCGCCGACAAUCGGGAAUGUGCAGUGGCACGACGCCGGCGAGGUGCCGGCAACUGGGAAUGCGCAGUGGCACGGCCACGCCGAGGUGCCGGCCAUUGGGAAUGUGCAGUGGCACGACCACGGCGAGGUGCCGGCGAUUGGGAAUGUGCAGUGGCACGACGCCGGCGAGGCGCACGAGCAGAGCAAUUGGCUAUCUUCGUACGACAAUGCAAAAGAGGAUACGUAUGCAUACGCCCAUUCUACGUAUGGCUCGUAUGACGCGUCCUACGGACAGUCUUACAGUGUUGAUGCUGUUUCGGAUGAACCUACUUGGUUUCCCAAUCAAAGCUACCAGGAUGUUUACAGAGAGGAGGAACCUCGGUAUCAGACAAGUCACACAAAACAAAGCAAGAAGAUCUUUUAUAUGUUUGAGAGAGAUGCUCCAGAGGUUUUGCCCAGUUAUGGCAUAGAAAGCACAUUUUCAUCUCAACCUAUUUAUUGUUACAAUCAGCACACUGGUGAACAAUCACUGCAUGUUCAGGUUGAACCUCCGGAAACAUUUUAUUCUCACAAGUUGGAGUACCACGAGAAUUUCUCAACAUAUACCAACCAUAUUGAUAAUUCGGAGAUAUCGACACAGUCAUGUGAGAUACAGCCCUAUGCAUAUGUACCUGAUAGCCCAGUUGAAGCUUAUCAACCUUCUUGGUCGAUGAAUUUGGGAUACUACCAGGACUCCGCAGAAGAGGUGACUCCUCAGUAUGAUAAUGAUGCUUUCGGAUCUGGUGAAUACGGAGGCAUGGCAAGCAUAUUCUCGUCGUCCUCCUAUCCUCAGCAAGUAGAAGUUUAUGAGCAAUCUUACGGUGAUGAGAAUGUCUCCUUAGAACAAAAUUUCCAGAGCAACUGGAAUGCUUUUUCUGAAGAUACCUCUGGAAUCACUAAAUCAGUUGAUGAUUGCAACCAUCUGAAUGGCUCCUUCUGGCCCUUUGGAGAAUACUCAACAUAUACUGUAUAG